AUGGCGCUGUUGCUGGAGGAAAUAAUUCGAUCGGUGGAGCUGUGGUUGAAGCUGACCAAGAAACAAGAGGCCUACGUGGACCCAACUCUCGAUCCGGUUCUUUUAGUGCCUGGUGUUGCCGGUUCGAUACUGAAGGCUGUUGAUGAGAACGGUAAAGAUGAGCGCGUCUGGGUAAGGAUUCUCGGGGCCGAUCGUGAGUUCAGGACCAAGCUUUGGUCUAUCUUCGAUCCUUCGAUCGGAAAAACUGUGUCUUUAGAUUCCAAGACAAGUAUCGUGGUUCCCGAAGAUAGAUCCGGUUUAUAUGCAAUCGAUAUAUUGGAUCCCGACAUGGUAAUUGUUGUUCCUGGACACUAUUUUAUGUAUGUUUAA